CGACUUGGGCGAGGGAUUUCUGGCCGAUGACGGCAUGCAAUGUCAUUGGCGGAGAUGCAACCAUUCGGUAUGGACGUGGAUUUGGAAUUGCACGACAGUCGAGGUCGCCGCCGGACUUCCUCCGACGGAGGAUGCAAAAGCGAUGUGGGAAACUAUUAAGGAAAUGUAUGGGAAGCUUGACCUUGUGGAAUUGGAGCAAGGGAACCUCUCGAUUACCGCUUGCUUCACUUGCCCAUCAGUUCUUUGGAACGAACUCGAAGCCGCGGAGGAGCAGCUUGAAGGCCUAGAGUCAACAAUCGAGCCAAUCGAGCAGUACAAAGAGAUUAAGGAAAGAGAGAAAGUGACCCGCUUCCUAUUAGCCCUAAACCACAGUUGGUUACCUUUCUACUCGCAGACCCUUCAGCAGUGCUGCCGCUUUGGCUGCAUUUUCCAGCUUGCUGUCCAAGAAGAAAACCAGCACCUCGCGACCACCGGACAUGAGAGGGGAGGAGAAAGCAUGGUCCCUGUAGCGCCAGCACGGAUCGAACGGCACCCGUGCAAUCCGAUGUGUUUUUAUUUUGUGGCUGUUGACUCUUGGUGUCUGCACCGUGAUUGAGCUUUGGUUUGGUCCUUUUGAAGGAGUUGCAGUGGAAACAAGAUCAUCUGUUCUUUGUGGUAUCAGCUGAAACUGAGGUAAGAUCACAGAAAGAAGAGAAAAAAAGAGAAGGGGGUUUAGCUGAUCUGUGAUGAGUGUGAGUCCUGCCUUUUUUUCUGGUGAAUCUGAGCUCAGAUAUUUUGGGCAGUUUUCCACUGUACCCACCUUUCAUAUAUAUAAUUCAAGCACUGUGCUUGCUUAGCAAAACUUGAAGAAGGGUUUGGCUUUG